AUGCUAGUCGAUGUUGCUGUUCCAUUUUGGUGCAAAUCGAACAGCGCUUCAUUUCGGUUCAAUGUCGUUGUCGACAUCAUCGCUGUUCUUGUUGUUUUGGCUGUGCUGGAAUUCUUGUCUCCAUUCUGCUGCUGUGGCCAUCAGUAUAUUUCUGGCUUCUGUGGACUAAAUCCCGAGGAAAUAGGAGGGCGACUGGAGAGCGAAGGGAAAACGGAAAAUAAGGGACUCUGUUCCGUGGACUAA